AUGUCAGAUUACUGUAGUAAUGAUGCAUCACCAUUUGGAGAUUAUGAUUUACCAUCCGAUGAGCCUUCUCCAAAAUAUCAAAAACUGAACAAAAAUAUUUUUUCACCUUUAUCUCCAACUUUUGAAUUGAAAUUUCAAUCCAAACUUCGCGUAAGCGGAAAUUCAACAAGUAGUACAACAUCCGACGAUUCCGAUGAUGAAUCUUUGCAUAGAUCAAAUCAACUUAAACAUCUAGAAACUUUAUUCAAAGAAUCAAUUUUACGUACAUCAUUUUCCCGACCUGGUGUUUCGAACACAUCUUGUGAUGAAAAAUUAGACUUGGUAUCCGAAGAUGAGAAAAAACGAUUAAGAAACACUGAAGCAGCAAGACGGUGCCGAGAAAAGAUCAAGAGAAAAACUGAUGAUUUAGAAACAGAAUUGACAAGAUUGACUGCUCGUAACGAAGUAAUGAACCAACACCGUAUUCGUCUUUUGUCACAGGUAGAGGAACAAAUGAGAAUGUUGGAAAAUAUAAAGAGCCGAAACCCAGAACUUGAAGCCGAAAUUAGAUAUGAAGCCAAGAAAAUUGUGGACACGUACACACAUCAAGUGGAGACAAAGAGAAAAGCUAUUCAAGAUUAUUUUGAUAUGACAUGCAAUAAAUUAUAUUGAUACCAAU